AUGGGGCCCCCGGGACCACCGGGACCUCCCGGCCCUCCAGGAUCUAACGGCCCUGAAGGUCCACCUGGCCCACCAGGUCCACCCGGAGUAGAUGGACGCAUGGGUCGCGAUGGCGAACCUGGCUUGCCUGGACCACAAGGCGAAAUGGGUCCACCCGGUCCCAUGGGUCCAUCUGGUCCUCCCGGCACAAAAGGUCCCAUGGGUCUUCAGGGUCCUAAGGGUGAGCGUGGUGAUCAGGGUCGUGAUGGUCCCGAGGGUAUGCGUGGAGAGACGGGUCACCAAGGUCCAGCUGGUCGCCCGGGUCCGCGAGGCACACGAGGACCAGCAGGCCCUGUUGGAGGUCAGGGACCUCGUGGUCCUGAUGGAGCUGACGGAAUGGUCGGUCCGCCCGGUCCUGUUGGUCCCUCAGGGAUUGGCGGACAGCCUGGAGAAAUGGGACCUGCUGGUGCUGUCGGUGAGGGUGGCGCCCCGGGUCCACGUGGUCCUGAUGGCCCUCCUGGACCUCCUGGGAUUGCCGGUAAACCUGGCCAGCCUGGAGCCCCCGGUAUCCAAGGGUUACCAGGUCGUGAUGGGGCGCAAGGGCCAAAGGGUGAACCCGGACUGCGAGGUCUUGCAGGGCCUCCGGGUCCUCAGGGUCCACGAGGUGUUCCUGGUCCUGCUGGAGCUACUGGAGAAGCUGGCCAAAAGGGUCCAGUCGGUGUUCCCGGACCUGUUGGCUCUCCUGGACCUACCGGUCACCAAGGUCAUCCGGGACCUAUCGGACCCCGAGGGCCCACUGGCCCACCUGGUCCAAUGGGUCCAAUUGGAGCACGCGGUCCACGUGGACGUGCCGGACAGAAGGGUGCAAUGGGUCCGCCAGGUGCCCCAGGGGCUCCAGGAGCUCCUGGAAAUGACGGUCGUCCUGGACAGCCGGGAGCUUCUGGAAGACAGGGCCCUCGCGGACGUACUGGUCCACGCGGUGAAGCUGGUCCUGCUGGGCCUGACGGUUCUGAUGGUAAAGCUGGUCUCAUAGGUCAUCCCGGUCCAGAUGGUAAGGAGGGAGCUCCCGGACCUCAGGGUCCCCAAGGUCCACGUGGUCCUCCAGGAAAACCUGGUGAGGAUGGCGCCCCUGGUCGUCCUGGCGUCGCUGGUCCUGCUGGUGAACAAGGCGCAAGGGGUCCUCCUGGUCCUCAAGGCGAGCACGGAACUCCUGGUUCCACCGGUGCAGUGGGUCCCAAGGGAGAUCGAGGUGACAAGGGACCCACAGGUCCGGCAGGCAUACAAGGAGAGACUGGUCCUGCUGGACCAAGAGGUAGGCCUGGUCUUCAGGGUCCCAAGGGUGGGCAGGGUCCCAUGGGUCCCGAUGGACCAGCCGGCCCUCGAGGUCCACGUGGUCCCAGUGGUGAGCCUGGUGAUGACGGCAAAGAGGGUGAAGCUGGUAAAGACGCAGAAGAUGGACCACCUGGUCCUCGCGGACGUCCUGGUCCUGCUGGAGAUCGUGGUGAGGCUGGUCCACCUGGUCCGCCUGGUACUCCCGGUGAGCCUGGAGCUAAGGGCGAUGCUGGUCCCAUGGGUCCUAUGGGAGUCAUGGGUGCUGCGGGUCUUCCUGGUGCACCUGGUGAAGAUGGGACUCCAGGUCCCCAAGGCUACAAAGGUGAUCGUGGACGCCAAGGAGCUCGUGGCCUUCCUGGAAAGCAUGGUGAAGCUGGACCUCGCGGCCCGACGGGCAAGGAGGGUCCUCCCGGCUACCUUAGAGUGAUGGGGCGAAGCAUCGGGGUAUCUGGACCUCCAGGUGAAGCCGGUGGUGUAGGACCUCAAGGACCCAAGGGCCGGGCUGGAAUACAAGGAGUUCAGGGACAACCAGGUCCAGCAGGAACUCCUGGAGCUCCGGGUAAGCGGGGCCCACAGGGUCCCAAGGGUCCUGAUGGAAACCCUGGUCGCGACGGCCCUAGUGGAGCUCCUGGACUGCCUGGUCCUAUGGGGCAUAGCGGAGCCUCUGGUCCUACUGGUCAACCUGGGUCACGUGGUAAACCAGGUCGUCCUGGUUCUCCUGGGUUUGAUGGCCUUCCCGGUCUGCGCGGUGGGGCUGGUCCAAGUGGAAAGCCUGGUAUCACUGGGAGGGUGGGAGAGCCUGGAGACAGGGGUCCUCCAGGCCCAGCUGGUCCUGCUGGGAGGGAUGGAGCUCCUGGUCGGGAAGGUGUUCAGGGAGACCAAGGAGCCACCGGUGAUCCUGGUCCUAUGGGGGAUAAGGGACCUCAAGGUGGUGUUGGUCGCGAUGGUCCAAUGGGUUCACAGGGAAUGCGUGGAGCCAACGGCGGUCCAGGAGCUCAGGGACCUCCCGGUCCGGAGGGUGUUCCUGGGACGCAGGGCCCACAGGGUCCUACUGGCGACCCAGGUCCACAAGGCCCGCCUGGUCCUCAAGGUCGUAAAGGUCCAGUUGGUGAGGAGGGCGCUGAAGGACCCAUUGGUCUUGACGGCCCUGUUGGACCUGAUGGUCCAGUUGGAGAUGUUGGUGAUGCUGGUGUUCCUGGUUUCCGUGGUCCUCGUGGUGUGCGGGGCUCAGCCGGUCCUGCCGGGUUGGAAGGACCUCUUGGUCUACCUGGACGACAGGGUGCACCUGGCGCCCGUGGUCGUGCCGGAAAACCUGGAGCGCCCGGAGCCCAAGGCGCCGUUGGGCCUGCCGGUGAACCUGGUCCCGACGGGAAGGACGGAAGUCCAGGACCUGAUGGUCUUCCAGGCCCUCAGGGUCACCCUGGGUGGAUGGGACCUCCGGGUCUGCCUGGAGAACAGGGAGACGACGGACCCCGUGGCGACACUGGUGAGCCAGGACCUGAAGGAAACCCUGGUCCCGCUGGUGAGACUGGUCUUAUCGGGCCGCGGGGAAAGACCGGCGUCAAGGGACCUCGUGGAGACCCUGGUCUCCCAGGGCCCCAAGGUCCAACUGGUCGCGAUGGUCCUCGCGGUCCACCUGGACCUAUGGGUCCUCCGGGCCCUCCAGGUCCUCCUGGUCCACCUGCCGUCAAGAUGCCUGUGAUGACGUCACCUACCAAGGGCAAAAUCAUGUAUUCAGAUGCUGCAGCCGUUGCUCAGGUCUUUGGCGUCGAAUCCGUUUCUUCUCCCCUUGGUACUCGCGAUGUCCCCGCACUCACAUGCAGAGACCUUGCCGAGUCUAAUCCCAACCUACAGGAUGGCUACUAUUGGGUGGAUCCAAACGGUGGUGGCCCUGAAGACGCAAUUUACGUCUACUGCAACUUCAGGACAAAGGAGACAUGUAUUGAUGCCGAUCAGGCUUUUUACUCCGUGAGUACUGCGAAGCAGAGUGAAAUCGAUGAUUUUACAUGGCUGGGUGAAGUAGCGGACUACGGGAACCUCCUCUAUAAAGUCGAGGGUACCCAGCUGCUCAUGCUGAAGGCUCGCUCCUUGGGUGCACACCAAACCUUAACUGUCUCCUGUUCCAAGAGUCUCAAACUCUACUCAGACAACGAAAUAGAGCUCACAUCCAACGGAGUCCAUGCCAAAUUCAGCAUCGCCUCUAACACCUGUCAGGUAAGCUUCCUUGCAUUCAAAAUGUUUGAUAGACUGUUUUAUUGUAACUGGAGGAGACGUUUUGAGCUGCAAGAAAUUCAACUCUCCCUUUUUCUCAUAAUGCAGAACAACUCUGGCCUUCCUAAAGAAGUAGUAUUGGAUGUGUACGGACCACCACUUCGCUUGCCAGUGCGUGAUGUUGCCUUCGCGAAGGCGGAGGCAAAAAUGAACGUGCAAGUGGGUCAGGUGUGCUUCCAGUAG